ACCAAAACGAUGUCUCAUAUGACUGUGGAGAGAAACCGAAGAAGGCAAAUGAAUGAGCAUCUCAAAGUCCUGCGAUCCUUGACCCCUUGCUUCUACAUCAAAAGGGGAGACCAAGCAUCUAUAAUAGGUGGUGUAAUUGAAUUCAUCAAGGAAUUAAACCUAGUUCUACAAGCAUUGGAAGCCAAGGAGAAAAGGAAGAGUAGUCUAAGCCCUAGCCCAACUGGUACUCCUACUAUUCCAAGGCCAAUAUUGCUAACACAGGCACCUAUGAGUACUCCUCAUGAUCAUCAUACUCCUUCUGGGUUUGAUCUGAAUUAUGGUACCAAGGAACUAGUUGCCUGCUGCAACUCUCCGGUUGCGGAUGUCGAAGCGAAGAUCGAGGGUUCCAACGUGAUCUUGAAAGUGACAUCAAGGAGAAUUCCUGGACAAAUAGUGACGAUGAUCAGCAUGUUGGAGAGAUUUUGCUUUGAGGUUCUUCAUAUCAACAUUAGUAGCAUGGAAGACACUGUUCUAUACUCUUUUGUCAUCAAGAUUGGGCUGGAGUGUCAGCUGAGUGUGGAGGAACUUGUGGUUGAAGUUCAGCAAAGCUUCUUUGCAGAAACAGUUUAAUUAUGCAAACCAUAUAUAUAUACAUAAAAAUUCUCCAAUAUGAACCAAACGAAUG